UCUAUACUUUCUCUCCACUCCAGAGGUUUCUUCUCCGACAGAGAGAUUUAAUCAAUCUGAGCGAUAGAGGAAAAUCACGAAUUCCUGAAAAUAAAUACAAUGCAUAGAUCGCGAUCUCCAUUGCUAAUAGCUUUAUCAUUUCUCUUCACAUCCUUCCCCAUCUCUAACGCUCUUUACGGGCCGUCGUCGCCGGUGGUUCAGCUCACUCCAUCUAAUUUCAAGUCCAAGGUUUUAAAUUCUAACGGAGUUGUUUUGGUUGAGUUCUUCGCGCCUUGGUGUGGCCAUUGCCAAGCUUUAACACCUACAUGGGAGAAAGCCGCCAAUGUCUUGAAAGGUGUCGCUACAGUGGCAGCCCUCGAUGCUGAUGCUCAUAAGUCUCUUGCCCAGGAAUACGGGAUUAGAGGAUUUCCUACAAUAAAAGUGUUCGCCCCUGGAAAGCCACCUGUAGAUUAUCAGGGAGCUAGAGAUGUCAAACCUAUUGCCGAAUUUGCCCUCAAGCAGGUAAAGGCACUUUUGAAAGACCGUCUCGCUGGGAAAGCAUCUGGAGGAUCAAGUGAGAAAUCUGAGCCUAGUGCAUCAGUAGAAUUGAAUUCCCGCAACUUUGAUGAAUUGGUGCUCAAAAGUAAAGAACUUUGGAUUGUGGAGUUUUUCGCUCCUUGGUGUGGACACUGUAAAAGACUUGCUCCUGAGUGGAAGAGGGCUGCUAAUAACUUGAAGGGGAAGGUGAAGCUUGGUCAUGUUGACUGCGAUUCUGAGAAGUCUCUCAUGAGCAGGUUCAAUGUGCAAGGGUUCCCUACCAUCUUAGUAUUUGGUGCUGACAAAGACAGCCCAGUUCCUUAUGAGGGUGCUAGAACCGCCUCUGCUAUUGAAUCAUUUGCUCUAGAGCAACUAGAAACAAAUGUCGGACCGGCUGAAGUGACAGAGCUGACUGGCCCAGAUGUGAUGGAGGAGAAAUGUAGUUCAGCUGCCAUAUGCUUCGUUGCUUUCUUGCCUGACAUUCUAGACUCGAAGGCUGAAGGAAGGAACAAGUACUUGGAUAUGUUAUUGUCAGUUGCAGAGAAAUUUAAAAGGAGUCCUUACAGCUAUGUUUGGGCUGCUGCCGGUAAGCAACCGGAUCUCGAGAACCGUGUAGGUGUUGGCGGAUAUGGUUAUCCAGCUCUUGUAGCCUUGAACGUCAAGAAAGGAGCAUAUGCUCCACUCAUAAGUGCAUUUGAGCUCGAGCAUAUCAUUGAGUUUGUGAAGGAAGCAGGGCGCGGAGGCAAGGGAAAUUUACCACUGGAGGGCACACCCGAGAUUGCAAAGACAGAAGCAUGGGACGGUAAAGAUGGAGAAAUCAAGGAAGAGGAUGAGUUCUCACUUGAAGAACUCAUGGGAGAUUUUACAGCAAGUAAAGAUGAGUUGUAAUAAAAUUGGAAUUAGUUUAGGAUAAAAAGAAGGGUUUUGAUGUUUGGUCGUGUCGUUUAUUUUGGUUUUUACUGAUUGAAACAAUUAUCCCAAGUGAAACAGAUUAUUAGAGAUGAUCCAAAUAUUUAAGGAGUCUGAUUUCAUCUACCAACAA